CAACUCGCGAUUUUCACUGGGCCUGCUCCAUCGCGGCUCCGCGUUACCGAGCAGUCGUCGUGAGCUGCUCUCCGGCUACCCGGAGGUGGUCUCUUUUGCGUGUGCCCUGCGCAUUUUCAUUGCCCCCCCAAAGUAUCGGCCCGAAUAAACGCGCAUAUCCCCCGUCUCCCUCUCCGCCUCGUUCCGUGUAUACACACUGUGUGUGCCGUCCCGUUCUCUUCUCUUUCUUUCUCUCCGUCCUUUCCGUCUCUCCUCGCCACUUACGCGCGCGUUCUUUAUCGCGCGUCGUCUUGUUGUGUCGUCUGGUCGUCAGUUUGUCAACUUUGCGAUCGGCCGCGACGAUGCGACCAGGAGCUGGACGAGAGCCUCGACGCCAGCCACUACCAUCGCCGUCGCCGUCGCCGUCGCCGUCGCCGCUGCCGCGUCUGCUGCCGUUGCUGCUGUGAUCAAUUAUGUUCGCGGUGGUAUGCCGUGCCGGCGACGCGCUCCUUCUCGUCCGCGUGGAUUUACGCGCGUCACGUACAAUCCAGCGGACAUCGGGAGAAGAAUGCGUGCGAGCCGCGGAAAUCUUCCACGCGGGAGGCGAUCCGUCGCCCGCGGGCACACGCCGUCGUCCGUCGCUCGUCAGUUGUGCGAAAUGCUAAGGUGAUGUAGAAGAAAUUGAAACUGCCAAAUCGACGACAUCACGACUUUCUGUUAACGAGCGGUUGCGAUAUACAAGUCGCCAAAACGGGUGACAAGGAGAAGAAAAUGGUGUCUAUGCAAAACGCCGAGACUAGCACCAUGGCCAGACUCUCGGACGACGAUGACGAUGAGCCUAGUAGUGGAUCUGAAACCUACGAAGAAGGGGAUCUUCUUUCGGCUGCAAUGGAUGACGAUGUAACAGCUCAGCUCGCAGCAGCAGGUUGGCAAAUCAAACACAUUGAUGGCCCUGUCGGUGUUGCUGCAGCUGCUGCUAUUGUGUCAGCUAAGAAGAGAAAACGACCUCACAGUUUUGAAACUAAUCCCAGUAUCAGAAAAAGACAACAAAACAGGCUUCUAAGAAAGCUUAGACAAACUAUUGAUGAAUUCGCUACACGAGUGGGACAGCAGGCAGUAGUGCUAGUGGCUACGCCGGGUAAACCAAAUAGUAGUUACAAAGUCUUUGGUGCAAAACCAUUGGAAGAUGUAGUUAAAAAUCUAAGGAGCGUUAUCAUGGAGGAAUUGGAAAAUGCACUUGCACAACAAGCGCCUCCUCCCGUACAGGACGAUCCAUCACUAUAUGAAUUACCACCGCUUAUAAUCGAUGGCAUACCAACUCCAGUUGAAAAAAUGACACAGGCACAACUCAGGGCAUUUAUCCCAUUGAUGUUGAAGUAUUCUACGGGUAGAGGUAAACCUGGUUGGGGUAGAGAUAGCACGCGACCUCCUUGGUGGCCUAAGGAAUUACCUUGGGCUAAUGUUCGGAUGGAUGCGCGAUCAGAGGACGAAAAACAAAAAAUCUCAUGGACUCACGCGUUACGUCAAAUUGUAAUAAAUUGUUAUAAAUUCCACGGAAGAGAAGAUCUUCUACCGGCGUUCAGCGAAGAGGAUGACAAGUCCAAUGUUCUGAUACAGCAAGCGACGCCUCAUUCCUCGUCACAUCCAUCGUCGAGUCAAGGACAAAACGGAGGAGGACAAUCACAGCAGCAGCAGACGGUGGGAGUUGUUCGUCUCAACAGCACGGAUUCAUCUAAGGGAAACUCUUCGCCAGCACAAAUCAUUGCCGCGUCUCCCACAGCUCUUGCCACUGCCACUCAGAUGACAACCCAAUAUCCGACAACUGUAUUGCAGACAAUAACCAAUCCAGAUGGAACAGUUUCUAUUAUACAGAUGGAUCCUAGUACUCCGAUUAUUACAUUACCAGAUGGUACAACAGCCCAAGUUCAAGGUGUCGCUACUGUAAGUCUGAAAUUAUGAAUAUUUAUAUCAAAG